UGCUUCGUUUUUAAUGUUUUCACUCAAUUCGGAGUCUCCAAAACCGUAAGGAAAUUCUUAAAAAGUUUAUUUUGAAAACGACUUUGCGGAAUCUGACAUUUCUAACUGCAAUCAAGAUAGUGGGAAGUCAUGGCAGACCUCGGCAUCAGAGCGGGAGAGAAGGUUCUGUUAGUCUGGAAUCAGCCUUCAGCUCCAGAAGCUCUCAAACAAUAUGCGGAGGAACUGGGAGCUGCAGCCGGCGCCGACGGCAAAGUGGCUUUGGAGAAUAUGGAGAGAUUGUCGAUGUCGUCUCACCCUGCGUCCUCCUUUGACUGGGUCCUGUCCUGUGUCCUGAGCGACAGCUCGUCCGUCCACAGUCCUGAGAGUCUGGCAGAGAUGCUCCGAGUCCUGAAACCCGGCGGGAAGCUGCUCCUGGACGAACCAGUUACAGCGGCAGAAGCACAAAGUGUGAGGACGGUGGAGAAGCUGAUGUCGACUCUGAAGUUGUCUGGUUUCAUGUCAGUCACAGAGGUCAGUAAAGCAGAACUCGGCUCCGAGGCUUUGACCUCCCUCAGGUCGGCCACCGGUUACCAUGGAAACACUCUGACCCGAGUCCGAGUCUCCGCCUCCAAACCCGACUAUGAGCUGGGCUCAUCCGCACAGAUCAAACUCUCGUUCGGGAAGAAGAAGCCAGCAGAGAAACCAGCUCUGGAUCCCAACACGGUGAAAAUGUGGACGCUGUCGGCCGUCGACAUGAACGACGACGACGUGGAUCUCUUGGACUCGGACGCCCUCCUGGAUGAAGAGGACCUGAAGAAACCGGAUCCAGCGUCUCUCAAAGCUCCCACCUGUGGAGAAGGAGCCGGCAAGAAGAAGAAGGCCUGUAAGAACUGCACAUGUGGUUUGGCCGAGGAGCUGGAGCAGGAGAGCGAAGGCAAACAGCAGCAGAAGAACCUCCCUAAGUCGGCCUGUGGAAGCUGUUACCUCGGCGACGCGUUCCGAUGCGCCAGCUGCCCGUACCUGGGGAUGCCGGCGUUUAAACCGGGCGAGAAGAUCGUCCUGGACAACACGACUCUGACGGACGCCUGAAACCUUCCCUUCCUUCCUUACUCCCUUCCUUCCUUCUUCCCUCGGACCGGACGCUUUGUUUCCUCAUUCACCAGCGAGAUGAGUCCCGCCUCUUAAUUCAAGAGUUUGUAUAAAUUAUAACGCGGCCAUGUGAUAUAUCACAUUCCUGACGCAGGAAACGCAGCGAUGGACGUGAUCUAUGUGCAGCUGCUUCUCUGAACGGUCACGUUUAAAUGUCAGAAUAUUUAAUGACCAGAAACGUCACAUGACCACGUUUACCUGGAUGAGACGCAUUCGUUUAAAUUCCAUUUACUGACAUAGUUCCAGUAUAAAGUCUGAACAGUGGUCAUCAAGUUAGAGACACAGAACAAAACAUUUAAACUGAUGAAGUUUAUUUAUGUGUACAGAGGAAAAAUGUGUCUGUUUUCUUUUAUUACAAUAAACUAAACACAAACAAUUAAA